UAUCCUCUCCCUGUGGAUGGUUUAUAAAGGGUGGUCACAGAAAAGGCUGAGCUCUGCGGCCACACGCGUUUGGAUUUUGCUCCUGCUCCCUCGAUCCUGUUCAGAAAGCUAAGGCCUCUUCGCCUCACAGAGUCACCAUGUCGGCCUUUGUGGGAAAAUACGCAGAUGAGCUGAUCAAGACCGCCAAGUACAUCGCGACGCCGGGCAAGGGCAUCCUCGCCGCCGACGAGUCCACGGGCACCAUCGGCAAGCGCCUGUCCAGCAUCAACGUGGAGAACGUGGAGUCCAACCGCCAGGCGCUCCGUGAGCUCCUCUUCACGGCGCCCGGCGCGUUCCAGUACCUCUCCGGCGUCAUCCUCUUCGAGGAGACCCUCUACCAGAAGACCUCCGACGGAAAGCCGUUCGUGGACGUGCUCAAUGCCGGCGGCGUCGUUCCCGGCAUCAAAGUGGACAAGGGCACCGUGGAGAUCGCCGGCACCAACGGCGAGACCACCACCCAGGGGCUGGACUCUCUUGGCGCGCGCUGCGCCAAGUACUACGAGGCCGGCGCGCGCUUCGCCAAGUGGCGCGCCGUGCUCAAGAUCGGCCCGGCCGGCGAGCCGUCCGAGCUUGCCGUCAAGCAGAACGCCGAGGGGCUAGCCCGGUACGCGCUGCUCUGCCAGGAGAACGGGCUCGUCCCCAUCGUCGAGCCCGAGAUCCUCACCGACGGUCACCACGACAUCAAGACCUGCGCCGCCGUCACCGAGCGCGUCCUGGCCGCCGUCUACAAGUCGCUCAACGACCACAAGGUCCUCCUCGAGGGCACGCUUCUCAAGCCCAAUAUGGUCACCCCCGGCUCCGACAGCCCCAAGGUCGGCGCGGAGGUGAUAGCGGAGUACACGGUGGCUGCGCUGCGGCGCACGGUGCCGCCGGCGGUGCCAGGGGUGGUGUUCCUCUCGGGCGGGCAAAGCGAGGAGGAGGCGACGCAGAACCUGAACGCCAUGAACAAGCUGGAGGUGCUCAAGCCCUGGACGCUGUCCUUCUCCUUCGGCCGCGCGCUGCAGCAGAGCACCCUCAAGAAGUGGGCCGGCAAGAAGGAGAACGUCGCCGCCGCGCAGGCCACCUUCCUCGUCCGGUGCAAGGCCAACUCCGAGGCCACCCUCGGGAAGUACGCCGGCGCCGGGGCCGGGGACGCCGCCGCCUCCGAGAGCUUGUACGUCAAGGGGUACAAGUACUAAGCCGCUACCUCGCCGGUGGCUGGGGUGCACGUCGCGGCGGCGCAGACAGCGUCGAGAUUCGUGCAAAUAUAUGUGCUUCAUCUAUUGUGUGCUAAAUUCUCUUCCCUCCCCUAGCUCCUAUUUAACCAAAAAACCGUGUCAAAAUGUUGAUCUGAGUGUAAUAUAUGGAUGUGACCUUUUUACUGAA